UCCAAGCCGAGUGGACAGGCCCGAGCGUCCACUGAUCACCGCUCUGGGGGCGGGGCUAUGUGGAGCGGGCAGGCCGGGCCGGUUAACUGAGAGUGGCCCCCUGGUGGGGCCAUGGAGAAGCAAGGACCUCUGAGAGCUGCUAGCGGCGUCAGCGGGGAAUUCCCUGAAAGGGCAACCGGGGGAGUACCCGGUGGGGUCAGAGGAGUCGAAGCAGAUUCUGGGCUGCCCUCCGGAGUUGCCUUGUUUCAUAGUUCUGGGCCCGCCUUGCACCCUGGGAGCAUCGUAACUCGCAGUCCUGGUUCAAGCCGGCCCUCAGAUGGGGUAGUGGCCCUAGGUUCCCGGUCCAUUCAGCACCCUGGGGAGAUUGCGAGCCCUAGCCUUGGAACCGGCAUAUCUCCUGGUGGAUUCAACGCUACUGGUGUACCUGGGGCGUCCAGCCCUGACUUCGGGGGCCUUAGCUCCGGGUGCAGUGCACGCUCAGGGUCAACUUGCUUGAACCAUCACAGCUAUGAGGACCGGCCCCGGAGCAUCCUAAAAAACAGCAGCUCCAUUUUGAUGCAGACCUCCCCCAGCGCGGAGAAGAAGUCUCAGCACUGGGAUGAGAUGAAUAUCCUGGCCACCUACCACCCUACUGACAAGGACUAUGGCUUUAUGAAGGUGGAUGAGUCCAGCACCCCCUACCACAGGCUGCAGGACAGUGAUGAGGACCUGUCUGCGGGGCCCUCCUUCAAGGUGACUCCUGAAUCACUGGCAGAGAGGUUUGCAACAAUGGACAAUUUCCUCCCCAAGGUCCUCCAGUAUGGUGAUAACAGAAGCUCAAGGGCUGAGGACCGCUUUUCCAAGACACACUCCAGUGAUUUUGACAAGCAUCGCAAGACACACUACAAUGAAGGGAAGUUCCUCAAGACUCAGAAAAACCUGCCCUUGAACAAUGACAGUGACUUCAGUGGGGGUAGUACCAGCAUCAGCAGUGGAAUUCAAGGUGUGAUGAUGGACCCAAAGCCCAGGCCUGUGGAGAGAGCCUGGGCAGGAAGACUGACCAGAGGAGUGAAAGAUGAGACUAACCUGGUGACUUCAAGCCACGUCCUAGAUGACAAGGAUUCCUCUACGUGCAGAAAUCAGUUACUCCCACCUUCAAGCCCCAUCCUGUUGAAGCAGAUCAAUCUGCAUCGCAAGGAGUAUUAUAGUAAAGGAAUAUACCUGAGGUCCUACUCCCACCCAGAGCCUGAAGAGGACACAGAAGAUGAGCAUCAGGACAGCUCUGCGGGCUUGACCUGGGUUAUCGAGGCUCCCAUAAGCACUGAGGGACAUCUGUUGGACCACACUGGAAACCAGUUUAGGGAUCACAAGGCUAAUGAGAGCUCCCUGAACAUGACAGUUACACCAUCGCAGCCAGGCACCACCAUGUCCUGCAAAGACAAUGCAUCUCAGAUGGCAUCUAACUGGGAUCAGUGGCUGGGGACCAAGGGACUGAGCUGUCAAAGCCCAGGGAGCUCAGAAAAUGAAUGCGGAAGUAGCCAGAACCCUCCAAGUUGGACUGGGCAAAGACGUGACCCUGGGCAGAGGCAAGGGGUGAAACCCCGAAGCUCCAGUGGACUCUGGGAAAGGAAACCAGACCAUGGAAAAUGUAGUCAGCUGGGAGUGGGAUAAGGGCAACUUUCCCCUGCCCCCACCAUCCUUAGUUUAGACAAUAAAGAGAAGAUCAAGAAUCCAUGCUGUGAAUUGGGCACUCAGGCUGGGCCUGUUUGGUCAAGGAGCAGGGGGGCUGGGAGUGGUGUUCACACACAAGCAAUGAGGAAAGCAGUGCAGAAACAAGGAAGCUGGGAGCAGUCCAGUUGAGUUCCUGGACUCAACAGGAACCUAGGAUUGAGCCAGGGGUACUAGUGCAUAUCAGUAAUCCCAGCACUCAGUGUACUAAGGCAGGAUCUCCAGGUCAAGGGCAGCCUGGGCUACAUGGUGAGAACCUGUCUCAAAAAACCCAAACCAGCAGGGCACACCUACAAUCCCAAUUGAAGCUGAGAUCUUGAGGGUCAUGGUUUGAGGCCAGGUUGGACAAAUAGUUCCCAAGAUCCCCAUCUCCAAAAUAACCAGAGCAAUGGACUGGAGGUGUGGUUCAAGAAAUAGAGCACCUGCUUUACAAGCAUGAAGACUGAGUUCAAACCAUGGUCCCACCAAACAAAAACCAGAGUCUAGGAUCUUAUGAAGUCCCAAACUGUAGCAGGAUCACAAUGAUUUAUGCAAUUAAUUAGGUAACCGGUUAGCCAUGAGUUUACCAAUAACAUCUUUAAUUCUUUUUUUUGGUACUGGGGUUUGAACUCAGGGCCUAUACCUUGAGCCAUUCUACCAGCGCUUUUUUGUGGUAAGUUUUUUAG